UACGACGUCGGCGAGGCGCGGCGGUACACGUCGCAGAACGACAAGGUCCAGGCGGAGCUGACGGCGUGCGCGCUGGACCUCCUCGUGCUUCAGCCGGUGGACGCGUCGGGUCCGCUUCUGAUCGCGGACAUCGGAUGCGGGUCGGGGCUUUCGUCCAGGGUCAUCGAGCAUCGCGGCCACGUGUGGGUCGGGCUCGACGCGAGCCAGGCGAUGCUCGAGACCGCGACCGGGGAAGGCGCGGAAGGGGCGGUGUUCCGGGGAGAUUUCAGUCAGGGGCUGCCUUUCAAGAAGCAGUGCUUCGACGGAGCCGUGUCCGUAUCCGCGGCGCAGUGGCUGUGCCAGGGCGACGACGAGGACGUCAUCGCCGCGCGAUUGAAACGAUUUUUCGCGUCCCUUCACGAGAUGCUGCGGCCGGGAGCGAGGGCGUGCCUUCAGGUGUAUCCGAGAGACGUGAACGAGACUCGGAGGCUGGAGAAAGCCAUGCAGGCGUCGGGGCUCGUCGGCUGCGCGGUGACCGCUUUUCCGCACGCGAACAACGCCAAGAAGAUAUUCCUGUGCUGCGUACGCGACCCUCGACCCUCGCGCGAGGAGCGC